AUGGCAAACGUCACUCCAAGUGUCGAGUACGCCGAUCGGGCCUGUAAUUCCUGCAGACAGCGCCGGGUCAAGUGUGACAAGAGACUUCCCGCCUGCCUGCGGUGUGAGAAGCUCGGCAGACCGUGCACUGGCUAUGACCUGGAACGCAAAUUCCUGGAUGAAGGUAUCAAGGUUCGAAGGAAGUAUGAUGGACAAUUUCAAUCCCCGGACUUCUCCAGGGUGGUGGUCUCGACUCCUCCCAGAGUCCCAGUAGCACCAGUGCCUGACCAACGAAUCAAUCUUCCGCCGAUACAGAACAUCCCGAGCAUUCCCCAGAUCAUUUCACCACCCAUCUCUUCCGCUCCUAACCUUCCAAGCAUACAAGCAGGUUCCGAUCGGACCUCGCUCGGCAACAUACAAUUUCCAGCGUUUGGAAUACUCAACCAGCAAAGCCCCGACUUCAAUCUAUUUCCUAACACCCCUCCGCCACCACCACCUGCGAUCAGCGCACCACCUCCAUCGGCUCCUCCGUCCAAUUUUCAAUUCGCAGGGGCGUCUCCGCAGCUGGCCGAAUAUGGCCAGUAUACUCACCAGGAGCACCCCACGGCCAAAUUACUACAUGGCAGGCCCCAGUAUGCGCCCUCAGAUUUGGAUUCUUCAGUUAGCGAGGACUAUUUCGAUCUUGACAUUGAAACCUACUAUGCGAAGGGCAAUAAUGCCUGCGGCUUCAUUCCCGGUCUACCCGUAAUUCUGACCGACAACAAUGUUCCUGAGUCUGACGAUGAUUUUUUGACGAGUGAUUUCGCCUCCAUCAGCGGCCGAUCAUCAGUCUAUGAUGGCUCGGAUGGUACUCGCACCAGUCGCCCAGAGUACAGUCAGAAGUACCUCCACGAAAAGACCACCGAAUUGGCCUGCCUGACACGACAUUUUGUGCAAUCAGUUUCACCAUCCAUGGAUCUUUUCGACCUCGACACGUACUUCAGUAGAAUCGUGCCUUUGAAAGCCGUCCAAAAUGUAAUGCUAAGAUCCGCGAUGGCCGCUGUUGCCGCGAACCAAAUCGGACAGAUGAUGGCCAAUCACUCACCUUUGGAAGAUCUGCAGCAUCUCCUGCCAUUUGUUGGAGAAGAUGGUGUUUUGCAGCACACCGAUUGGUUUUACAAGGCCGCCAACUACUAUGACCGUGGCAUAUCAUACCUGAGGAUUUUCCUGCAGCGUUGGUUGAGCGAUACGAAUAACGAGGGGUUUACCGGACAUGCCUCGAGGUACAAUGAUCCGAGAAGUCUGUCUGAACGGAACAAUAACGCCACGCUGAGCGUUUCUCCCCACAAGCGACGACGCAUAAGCAGAACGCAAUCAUCGGAUGGAGCAGAUAUGGAAGCUUUGGUGGCUGCAAUAUCCGUGUUCUCGCUUUAUGAAUCGCUCGACAACUUUGCCGAAGACUGGUCACAACAUCUCGAUGGGUUCAAAGCACUCCUGGAGAGCAAGAUCCUUCCACAAGCAGCACUUUCUGUCCCUCGCCCCCCCGCAAACCCUUUCAUAUCAAUGAAGGCCGGCCGAGCAGCUUUCUGGAACUUCGCUCGCGCAGAUUACCUCGCGGCUUACGUCAACCACUCAAAAACCCGAUUAGACCCCGACAAUUUGACCAUGUGGAAAGCAGCAGGGUUGCCCGUUAUGGACGAUGGAACACUAAACUAUAAUGAUCCAUCGACUCCAAUCAAUGCCGUCGUUUCAUAUCAACCUGGCGAUAGAGAAGAUUUGGUUUCCUGUACGUUGAUCUGGAUCGUCUUGAGGACCAUGAAUUUUAUUGCACCGCAAGAAGACGGCACAGGAAGUACGGUGGGUACUCCACGAGUGUUCGACAGCCCCGCAACGCAAAUCAAAGCCGGGUCCGAUCCGGGUACUCCAGGUGCUAUGCAACCUCGCAUCGCUCGGUGGAAACAACUGCGUCGACAACUCGAAGACUGGUACGACAAUCUUCCAUUCACCUUUCAACCAUAUGCGAUUGCAGCCGCAGGGGCACAACAACCCUCUGACCUUUUGCCCGAUGGCAGACCGCGCUUCGCAAGACUGUUCUUCAGUGUCCCAAUGUGUGCUGCAGCUCUUCAACUUUAUCACUUUGCCCAAAUUCUUCUGCUCUUGAACCAGCCUGUCGAUGAACAAGACGCGAGACACCCAGCGAACAGGCUUCGAAUGUUUCGACAGGUAGCUGAAGAGUCAGAGCAUCACAGCCGCCAGAUUUGCGGCAUCGCGUUGGGGAAACCACCGCCGGCAGUCAGCAGGCAAAUGGUGCACUCGCUCUAUCUGGCGGGAUCGUGCUUUGAGGAGAAAGAGGACCGAACCGUUGUUUUGGAAUUGCUAGACAACAUUGCCAAGGAGACAGGUUGUCCGACUGCGCACCGGAUUAGAGAUUUGAAAGAGCAAUGGCGCUGGGAAGAUGAUGCGGUCAGAGAGAUUGCAUAA